GGCAGAAAUGGAGUUUCUAAACUGUAAAUGUACUCGCGGGAUGGAUGAGAGUUCAAAUCGAAACUGAAACUUUUUAAUUAUUUAUUGAUAUUCAAAAUGCUUGACAAGGAAUUACUUAAAGAGUGUUUAAUUUCGUUAACUGAAACAGAAGAUUCCAAAGUUUCUAGGGAAGCAAUAGAAACUCUCUUAACAAUUCACAGAAAUAUUUUUCACAACGAAGACAAUUCACAGUAUAGAUUGCUUAAACCUGCGAAUCCUUCAUUUUCAAGAAAGAUCUGGAGCCUUUAUACAUGCCGUCAAUUUAUGCUUUUGAGCGGGUGGAUUGAAGUUCAUGGAAGAAUUGUUUUCAAUAGUGAUGAAAACUUACUGGAAGUGAUCGAAUUGCUUCUACAAUUUCGUGAUGUUGCCCCUUUAGUUUCAGAGUGGGAUACGACAACAAAGUAUGAAGGAAAAAGUGAAGCACAGCUGAGAGAAGAAGAUCUGAAAAGGAAAGCAGUCCUUGAAAGAGAGAAAGAAAUUGCUGAAUAUGAGAAAGAUAAAAAGUACCGUGAUGAAUUAGCUAAAAAUAUCAAGGCACAAAUUAAAUCUGACCGGAGAAAACCAAAACAAGUUUUUACUAAACCUGUGGCUGGAAACCAAUUGAAGAAAGGUGCCAAAAUUAAAACACUUCAAGGUGGACAUUAAUCAUCUUCAUCAAGACAGCAAUCUUUUACGUUAGCAUAUUUGAAAUAGUUUUUUUUUUAACUCUUGGUGUAUGUGUUUUAUUACUAUCCUUUUGUUUUUCUAAUGCAUUAAAUGAAAAUUGAAUGCAGCUUAAAUAUGUUAUCAGUAUAUUUAAUAACUUUUCUAUCUUUAAACAUUCAACUUUUUCAGUUUCGUAAAUUUUUAAAUCUUUAAACAUCAUUUGAAAGUCAUUUAGUGUAAAAAUUUUAUGUCCUCAUUUACAAUCAUUACAAAUAUUUUGCUUCAACAUAUUAAUGGGACAAAAUGUUGCUUUAAUUUGAAGUUGUUAAAAUUUUUGAGAUAUUAGAAUAGAUUAUGGUUUGUUGGUAUGUAAAAUAAAUUUAUUCAGCUUAGAUUUGAAAUUAGACUAUUUUCAAUGUAAUAAGUUGCUUCCCCUGAAGCAUCUUUUAUUUCAAUAUAUUAAAUAUUUAAAAAAGAAAUUCAGUAAAAUAUCACAUAGCAUGAGCUUUCACUAUAUUCUUAAUUACUCAAGCCACUUGUAAAUACUAAAAGUUAUUUUAAUUUUUUACACUGUUCCGUUUCAAAUACUUGAUUGUAAUAGUUUUUAUGUUUUAAUAUUUUAUUUAAAAUAUUAAAUUGGCUAAGUUAGACUUUUUAAACAAAAUUCUAAUGAUAAUUAUUUUUUAAAAAAAGAAUUGUUUAUCCAAGUAUUUUUCUAAAACAGAUACGUUCAGUUUUAGGAACAUUCAAAUGUUGACCCUUUUUUAUAUUAGUUGAGUUAUUUCUAAUAUUGUUAGUACAUUAAAUUAAGCAUUGUAUCAUGAUAAAAUCCAAAUGACCACUCACGCUAGAAACAGGAAAACCU